CUCAAUGUGACUUUUCUAAGCAAUCUCAUCUGAAUCCACCGAGAAUGUUCUUAACUGCUGUUAAUCUCGCGAAAAACAAAUCGAAGACAGUCCUUGUUCAAAUGGUGAGUGCUGCUGGGACAGGCUACUGCUUCAACACAAAGAGAGGGCGUCUGCGUGAAAAAAUGGUUCUGCGCAAACACGACCCAUUUGUGAACAAGCAUGUACUCUUUUUUGAGAAGAAGAAGAUUCGUUCUCUUUGAAAAUGGAUCAGGAUUUGGAACUGAUGUGGACACCAAGGUCAAAGUCAGACAUUUGAUCUACAGAAAAAGGGUGAGAGCCUCAUUGCCAUAGUCUGACUAUCACCCACAGUGGAUAAAUUUGGAGACGCUGCAUGCUGACUCUGCCAACAAAUGGAAACAAAAGAACAAAGGACCAUAAUGCAAACCAACUACCGAAGGACCCAGAUGCAUUGAGACUUCUGAGAUUUGGGGGGG